ACAACAUGUGACAUCACAUCUUCAAGGGACAGUGACAUCAUUCAGUGAGAUCACAAACAAUUCCAUUUUCCGGUAGUAGUUCCAAGCUCAACCAGUUACACAUCACUGUGGCUUUCUUCGUGACACAUUGCUACAGUGCAAGUAAUUUCACAGUCAGCAAGUUUUUAAAACUUGAGAAUCAACGUCGAGCUCAACGAGACAUUAUUCUUUAUUAACUUAAAGAGCUAUUUCACUGAAGAAUCCAAAGUUAAGAACUUUACGAAAUGGAGUCAAACCAGUACACGCUUGAAAACGAAACAUGGGGUGACCUUGUGGAACAACAUCUUGGAGAACCACAGCAAGGAAUUAUCAUCUACCCCAACUCAAACGUCUACGAAACAGAUUUAAGUUACUCCUGUGGAAACUACAACGAGGCCAGCAUUGAGAAUGAAAAUGAGGUCUUCAACAUUCAAACCUCAGUCUACAAUCAGGCUGAAAAUUUGACUCAGGUUUCUGAUCAUCGCAUUUCAUACCACACCCAAGACCCAGCCCAAGUGGAACCACAAUUAUGGCAGCCAUCAGAAGGGAUUGGUAUGUACCCAUAUGAGGCCGUCCACAGUGGAUAUUUUAUCCAGCCCUGUGAAAACUACAACCAGGUUAGCCUCCCGAACGAUGGAGUCUUUGACGCUACAACCCCAAACUAUGGCCAGGCGGAAAAUUGGAUCCAGGUUCCUGAUAAUCAGAUCUACCAAACCCAAGAUCUAACCAAUGUGGAACCACAAUUGGGGCAGCCAUCAGGAAUUCUCAAUAUUAACCCCUAUGAGGCCGCAUGUGGUGGAUAUUUUAUCCAGCCCUGUGAAAACUACAACCAAGUUAGCCUCCCAAACUAUGGGGUCUUUGACGCUACGACCUUAAACUAUACCCAGGUGGAAAAUUGGAUCCAGGUUCCUGAUAAUCAAAUCUACCAAACCCAAGAUCUAACCAACGUGGAACCACAAUUGGGGCAGGCAUCAGGUAUUAUCAAUAUUUACCCCUAUGAGGCCGCAUGUGGUGGAUAUUUUAUCCAGCCCUGUGAAAACUACAACCAAGUUAGCCUCCUGAACUACGGGGUCUUUGACGCUACAACCUCAAACAAUAUCCAGACUAAAAAUUUUAUCCAACUUUCUGACAAUCAAAUUUCAUACCAAACCCAAGAUGUAACCCAUGUGGAACCACAAUUAGGGCAGCCAUCAGAAGGGAUCAGUAUUAACCCCUCUGAAGCCGUCUACAGUGGAGAUUUCAUCCAGCCCUGUGAAAAUUACAACCAGGUCAGCUUUGACAACUAUGGGGUCCUGGACACUACAGUUUCAAAUAUUGUCCAGGCUGAAAAUUGGACCCAGGUUCCUGAUAAUCAAAUCUACCAAACCCAAGAUUUAACCAACGUGGAACCACAAUUGGGGCAGCCAUCAGAAAUGAUCAAUAUUUAUCCCUAUGAGGCCGCAUGUCGUGGAUAUUUUAUGCAGCCCUGUGAAAAUUACAACCAGGUCUGCUUCGACAACUACGGGGUCUUUGACGCUACAACCUUAAACUACACCCAGACUGAAAAUUGGACCCAGGUUCCUGAUAAUCAAAUCUACCAAACCCAAGAUCUAACCAACGUGGAACCACAAUUGGGGCAGCCAACAGGCAUGAUCAAUAUUUACCCUUAUGAGGCCGCAUGUGGUGGAUAUUUUAUCCAGCCCUGUGAAAACUACAACCAGGUUAGCCUCCCAAACUAUGGGGUCUUUGACGCUACAACCUUUAACUACACCCAGACUGAAAAUUGGACCCAGGUUCCUGAUAAUCAAAUCUACCAAACCCAAGAUUUAACCAACGUGGAACCACAAUUGGGGCAGCCAUCAGGUAUUAUCAAUAUUUACCCCUAUGAGGCCGCAUGUGGUGGAUAUUUUAUCCAGCCCUGUGAGAACUACAACCAGGUCAGCUUCCUGAACUAUGGAGUUUAUGACGCUACAACCUCAAACUAUACCCAGGCGGAAAAUUGGACCCAGGUUUCUGAUAAUCAAAUCUCAUACCAAACCCAAGACAACUCCAACAACCAUGAGAAUUUGUCCCAACUUUAUCUUGGGCAGAUAAAUGACCUCACCCAAAAGGUAGAGUCCCUGCAAGAUCAAAUCCAGAAAAAUAACAUGAGUCUUUCAGAAAAAAAAGAAAAUGGACUCCAGUGUGAGGAAAAAUACAACGAUUGCUUGCAAAAAUUGCACCUUUGCGAACAGGCUCUUAAAGAUCUAAAAGAAUUUCUGAAUUUGCCCAAGUCUCCUGAAGAGCAAAUAAAGGAAGUGGAGUGAGUGCAUCUUAUGAAAAAAAAGUUAAAAAAAAAUCCAUCAGUAUUACUAAAAAGAACUUAACUGAUCAAAAAAAUAAAGAUUUAAAAAUAUCUGUAUCUCCCACUCAACCAAAAGGAUAUUCUGAAUUUAAAAAUUUACAAAAAGUUUUUUUUUUUUUUUUUUAAAUCAGUGGUUCUACAUUUUUAAGUGGGGUUAGUUAUCCAUUAAAAAAAUGCAAAUGGCCAAUUGUAAAAUAUCAAAAUCAAGGUGCAAAGUGGGUUUGACUUUGGGUUUUCUCUGGGAGCUCCAGUUUCUUCCCUGGUAUUUUUGAUAGGUUUUUGCUUAUCAAAAAUAAAUACCAAAAAAAUUUUUCAAACUAUAAAACCCCACAUUUACACGCUUUUAUUUUUAAUUAAAUAAAUCAUAAAAAACAAUUUUUUAAAGAAAAAGAUAAAUCACAAAAAAAAUAAUUUAAUAUGUUUUACAGGAAAACAGAUACCGAUACCCUAAAAAUACACUAAAACACAGAGCAUCACAUAAAAACAUGACAUAUUUUCACACAAAGAGAAAAAUAGUAAAAAAAA